GUGACUCGUUUUAGUAAUUUUUGCAACAAAAAAAUUAAAAAAAAUCGCAGAAAAAUUAAUUUUUAUAAAAAUAUUUUGUAAAAAUGUUAAUCUUGAAGCACUUUUACGUGCUUUUAACAUUUUUUAUAAUAAAAAGAGUUCAUGCUAAUCCUGUUCACAUCGAAGCGAAUCCAGAUGCAAAACGACUUUACGACGAUUUAUUGAGCAAUUAUAAUCGCUUGAUUCGACCCGUUGUGAACCAUACGGAAGCUCUAACUGUCGGAUUAGGUCUCAAAGUCACGCAACUCAUUGAAGUUAGUUUGAAAAAUCAAGUUGUCACGACAAAUUUAUGGGUUCAGCAAAAAUGGAUCGAUUACAAGCUCAAAUGGGAUCCCGAGGAAUAUGGCGGCGUUGAGAUGUUAUAUGUGCCCUCGGAGCAAAUUUGGCUUCCCGAUAUCGUUUUGUACAACAAUUGGGACGGAAAUUACGAAGUAACGCUGAUGACGAAAGCCACGUUGAAAUAUUCGGGCGAAGUUUUUUGGGAACCUCCGGCAAUUUAUAAAUCUUCGUGCGAGAUGAAUGUCGAGUAUUUUCCGUAUGACGAGCAAAUUUGUUUCAUGAAGUUUGGAAGUUGGACUUAUAAUGGAGCGCAAGUCGAUUUGAAGCAUUUGGAUCAGCAGCCAGGAAGCAAUAUUGUCCCGAUCGGAAUUGAUUUGUCGGAAUUUUAUUUGUCAGUCGAAUGGGAUGUCCUUGAAAUUCCUGCGUGUAGAAAUGAAGAAUAUUAUCCGGGAAUUCCUGAACCUUAUACAGAUAUUACGUUUAAAUUGACUUUGAGACGAAAGACGCUCUUCUAUACCGUUAAUUUGAUGAUUCCGAUUGUGGGAAUUACGUUUUUGACUGUUUUGGUCUUUUAUUUGCCUGCGGAUGCGGGAGAAAAGGUCACAUUAAGUAUCUCGAUUCUCGUGUCGCUCACUGUGUUCUUCUUGUUGCUCGCUGAAAUCAUUCCGCCAACAUCUUUAGCUAUCCCUUUGUUGGGCAAAUAUCUCCUUUUCACGAUGAUGCUUGUCUCGUUAUCUGUCUGGAUCACCGUUUGCGUGCUCAAUGUCUAUUUCAGGAGUGCAAGUACUCAUCACAUGUCGCCAAUCAUUCGAAAAAUCUUCCUUGUUUGCAUGCCUCGAAUUAUGAUGAUGCGAAGGACUCAUUAUUCGUUGCCAGAUUACGAUGACAAUGCGCCGCCAAGGAAUUAUCAUCAUCAGUUGGAGCCGAGAGAUAGUUUGACGGAAAAUGAGGACUUGAUGAACGGGCAUGAUAUGGAGCAUGAACAUGAACACGAACAUGGCAUUGAGACGUUGGAGCAUGAGGAUUAUCACGAUCAUGAAUAUCACAAAGAUGACGACAAUGGCGUUAUGCAUCAGCAUUUUGAGAAUAAUAUGGGACAUUCUUCAUUCCCCGAACCUGAACACGUUCACAUCAUCCCAUCUCGCAUGUCUCCCGAACUCAUGCAAGCGAUGCAAAGCGUUCGAUUUAUCGCUCAACACAUAAAAGAUGCUGACAAAGACAACGAGAUUGUCGAGGAUUGGAAAUUCGUAUCGAUGGUACUUGACCGAUUUUUCCUCUGGGUAUUUUUCCUUGCCUGCGUCUUCGGCACCAUUUUGAUCAUUUUCCAGAGCCCGUCGUUGUUCGAUACGAGACAAGGCGUCGACCGGAAGCUGAGCGAAAUACCAAUGCGAAAAAACAAUUUUAUGUUGCCAUCGGAUAUCGAACGGAUGACAAUUGACUAAAAAUGUCCCCCUCAAUGCAGCAACAAAAUAUAUUCUAUACUCGACACGAUUGGAGAUAACGCAGGUAAAUUACUUUGGAAAUUUUGU